AUGGCGCUCAUCAACCCCGUCCAUGCCGCCAUCGUUCCCUUCCUCUGCAUCGUUACUGUUCCUCUUGCCCUCUUCGCCGGGCUGACCACAACGCUGGCAUUUUCCGUGCUCAUCUGCAGAGUGAUUGUGGUAUAUCUCGACAUUGCGAUCUCACUUAUCAACAACUCGUUUGGCAGCUUCAAAAUCCAACCACACAUGCGCCAAGUUGCUGCGCUUGAUGACGAUAGCCAGCCGCCGACCCGCGUGCCCUCGUCUGCUGCCUUACCUGCUCCCCGUCGUCGUCGCCGCCGCCCUAGCUCCGUCAGCAUCUUGACCGGCGGCACGGUUACACCUGUCAACGAGGCCGGACUCGGUCUUACUCCAAGUAUCGGUGCAUGGAGAGACUAUGAGGGCGUCGGGGGUUGGCGGGUUGGUGACCAGGACGAUGAGAUCUGGACCACCAUCAACUCGAGGUUCGAACUUCCUGAUCGACAGCAUCGCCAUCAUCACAGAACUCCUUCGGGUGGCCCUACAACACCAGGUGCAGACGGCGGCUUUCUCAUGAUGAAGCGCCGCAACCGAAGUCCCGACGAGCCCACAGGACCAAAGACGAAGACCUCACCAAACAGCUCGAGAACUAGAACGCCAUCGGUCUCGCGCAUGUCAUUUAGCCCAACCGGCAACCCGGAUGGCUACUUUCCUCUUAGCAUGUCAACCAAGGCAUCGGCUAAGAAGGCUUCAGCCAGCAAUGGAACACAAUAA